AAAAUCUUACUCUCAUACGAACAAAAACCUAAAUCAUCAGAUCCACCACUGUACAUAUUCUUCUUUCUCAGAUCAUUCCACAUUUUAAGUAAAAAGAAAACAUGGCAGCAACAUUUGCCACCUCAUCGACUGUCAUUGGCUUGUGCAGCAGCUCACUAUCGUCACCCAAGAAAAUCUGCCUUGGCUCAGGGUUUGUGAAGUCACCAGUCCCAGCUAGAAAUCCACUGAGGCAAACAGGUGCUAAUGGAGGAAAGUUCGUGUGCUUUGAGAGAAAUUGGCUGCGGAAGGACUUGAACGUGAUAGGGUUUGGGUUGAUAGGAUGGCUAGCACCAUCGAGCAUACCAGCCAUCGAUGGGAAGAGUUUGACUGGCCUCUUCUUCGAGAGUAUUGGUUCGGAGCUUGCUCACUUCCCAUCCCCUCCUGCUCUCACUUCUCAGUUUUGGUUAUGGCUGAUCACAUGGCAUUUGGGACUAUUCCUAUGCCUGACUUUCGGACAAAUUGGCUUCAAGGGAAGGACUGAGGAUUACUUUUAGAUUGUAAUGUAAUCACUUAGUCUCCUCUGUUUGUAUGAUAUUUUAAGUAUGCCUUAAGUUUAACUUUCAUCUCCUUGAUUCGAUUCCACUUGUUCCACACAUAACAACUCUAUUUCCCUUCCAAUGAUGUAAGAUGUUCCAACUCUGUUAUCUAUUUAUCUUCUACA